CAUGCUCAAUAAAUUGCAUGUUACAUUCAAAAUCACAAAAGUUUACCGCCCGAAUUUGCCAUUUCCGUUAGUUCCUAACCUAUAUCAAUGGAUUCAUUAUCGUGCACUUAGAAUUAUUAUUUAUUUAAAAAAAAGUAUUUAUAUAUAUUUAUUUGUGUAUAAAAAAGAAGAUAAUAAGUUAUAUUUGCAAUAGAUUUCUUAUCAUCUUGAAGGUUUUUGUAAAUUUUCAAAAUGCCGACCAUAGCCGUCAAACGAGAUUUAUUAUUUAAAGCGCUUGGAGAAACAUAUUCUGAAGAAGAAUUUCAAAAUGUUUGCUUCGAAUUUGGUUUGGAAUUAGACGAUGUGACUACAGAAAAACAAAUGAUAGCAAAGGAACAAGGUUCUGAGCAAAGUGUUGGUGCAUCAGAAGAAAUUAUUUAUAAAAUUGAUAUUCCAGCUAACAGAUAUGAUUUGUUAUCUUUAGAAGGUCUUGUAACAGGGUUACUAGUAUUUUUAAAUAAAAGUCAUGUGCCACGCUACGAAAUAAUAAAACCAGCAACACCAGAAGAAAUUGUAAUGAAAAAAGAAUGUUUACAAGUAAGAGAACAUUUAGUCGCUGCCAUUUUACGUGGUAUUACUUUUACCCAAGAUUCUUACAACAGUUUCAUUGAUCUUCAAGACAAAUUACAUCAAACUAUAGGAAGAAAACGAAGUAUUGUAUCAAUUGGUACACAUGAUUUAAACACUAUUAAAGGACCAUUUGUAUAUGAUGCGAAACUACCAAAUUCUAUUCGUUUUAAACCACUUAAUCAAACAAAAGAAUAUACUGGGACAGAAAUAAUGGAGUUAUAUGCGAAUCAUGUGCAACUUAAACAGUAUUUACCAAUUAUUAAAGAUAGUCCUGUAUAUCCUAUAAUAUAUGAUAGUAAUGGUGUUGUAUUAUCAUUGCCACCCAUAAUUAAUGGGGAUCAUUCGAAAAUCACUCUCAAUACUAAAAAUGUAUUUAUAGAAUGCACUGCAACUGACCUCAAUAAGGCAAAGAUUACAGUAGAUACUAUAGUUUGUGCAUUCAGUGUAUACUGUGCAAAGAAGUAUACAGUGGAAAAUGUAAAAGUAGUUUAUCCAGAUAAUAAAAUAUAUUAUCAUCCAGAGUUGAGCUAUCGUACAGAAGAAAUAAAUAGUGAAAAAGCAAUAAAUUAUAUUGGAAUCAAAAAAACUCCAGAAGAGAUAGCGAAAUUACUUUCAAAAAUGUCGUUAGAAGCAACGGUAAAAGAAAAUGAUAAUAUUGUUGUCAAAAUACCUCCAACGAGAAGAGAUGUUUUACAUCCGUGUGAUAUUUACGAAGAUAUAGCCAUUGCUCAUGGAUAUAAUAACAUAGAAAAAAAAUUUCCAGAAUUAAAUACUAUUGCUGUAGAAUUCCCGCUUAAUAAAUUAUCAGAUCAAUUACGUGAAGAAUUGUCACGUGCAAGUUUCACUGAAACAUUAACGUUUUCAUUGUGUUCGAGGGAUGAUAUUUCAGAAAAAUUAGGUUAUAAAAUAGAGAAUGUACCAGCCGUUCAUGUAACUAAUCCAAAAACCUUAGAGUUUCAGGUUGCACGUACAACUUUAUUACCAGGAUUAUUGAAAACUAUAGCCGGAAAUAAAAAGAUGCCGUUACCUUUGAAAUUAUUUGAAAUUUCUGAUGUUGUUUUACUCGAUGCUACAGCAGAUGUUGGUGCACGUAACAAAAGAUAUUUGUGUGCGGUGUAUUAUAAUAAAACUGGAGGUUUUGAGAUAAUCCAUGGUUUACUGGAUAGAAUUAUGCAAGUACUAGAAGUACCGAGGAGCACAGAUAAAAAAGAUACUGGAUAUUAUUUACGUGCAGCAGAUGAUCCAACUUUCUUUCCACAAAGAUAUGCAGAAGUAAUAUAUAACAACAAAGUUAUUGGCAAAAUAGGAAUUUUACAUCCAGAUGUACUUAGUAAAUUUGAGUUAAAUUUACCAUGCUCUGCAUUAGAAAUUGACGUAGAACCAUUUCUAUGAAAUGUUAAAUAAUGUCUGUACUUAUAAAUAGUACAUAUACAACAAGUAAAACGAAAAAAAUACAAAAAUUACAAAGUAAUUUACAUACCUGAUACUAAUUAAUACUGUUUUGUAUUUUCACUGUGAUCUACAAUUAACUGCAACAAUAAAAUGCGUUUUUAAACACUUUAAACUAA